AUGGACGAGGAGGAAGCAGAGUGGAAUUUUCCAGCUGCCCAGUUCAACCUGUGGGCUGAUUGGUGGGUUGAGAGGCUCAGCAGCUCCUCCUCCUAUAGCGGGGACAUCAGCAGGUACCACAACAGCACCACAGAACUGCAGAAAGCUGGGGCCAAGAAGGAGGAGACCUGGAAGCUGAUGGAGGCUGACAAGGUGCAGACGGGGCAGGUCAAGCUUUCCGUGUAAUGGGACUACAUGAAGGCCAUCGGACUCUUCAUCUCCUUUCUCAGCAUCUUCCUUUUCAUGUGUAACCACGUGUCCACGCUGGCUUCCAACUAUUGGCUCAGUCUCUGGACUGAUGACCCCAUCGUCAACGGGACCCAGGAGCACACGAAAGUCCGGCUGAGCGUCUAUGGAGCCCUGGGCAUUUCACAAGGGAUCGCCGUGUUUGGCUACUCCAUGGCCGUGUCCAUCAGGGGGAUCUUGGCUUCCCGCUUUCUGCAUGUGGACCUGCUGCACAGCAUCCUGCGAUCACCCAUGAGCUUCUUUGAGCGGACCCCCAGUGGGAACCUGGUGAACCGCUUCUCCAAGGAGCUGGACAGGGUGGACUCCAUGAUCCCAGGGGUCAUCAAGAUGUUCAUGGGCUCCCUGUUCAACGUCAUCGGUGCCUGCAUCGUUAUCCUGCUGGCCACGCCCAUCGCCGCAAUCAUCAUCCCGCCCCUCGGCGUCAUCUACUUCUUCGUCCAGGUUCUCUACGUGGCCUCCUCCCGGCAGCUGAAGCGCCUCGAGUGGGUCAGCCGCUCCCCGGUCUAUUCCCAUUUCAACGAGACCUUGCUGGGGGUCAGCGUCAUUCGAGCCUUCGAGGAGCAGGAGCGCUUCAUCCGCCAGAGUGACCUGAAGGUGGACGAGAACCAGAAGGCCUAUUACCCCAGCAUCGUGGCCAACAGGUGGCUGGCCGUGCGGCUGGAGUGUGUGGGCAACUGCAUCGUUCUGUUUGCUGCCCUGUUUGCGGUGAUCUCCAGGCACAGCCUCAGCACUGGCUUGGUGGGCCUCUCAAUGUCUUACUCAUUGCAGGUCACCACCUACUUGAACUGGCUGGUUCGGAUGUCAUCUGAGAUGGAAACCAACAUCGUGGCCGUGGAGAGACUCAUGGAGUAUUCAGAGACUGAGAAGGAGGCGCCCUGGCAAAUCCAGGAGACAGGUCCGCCCAGCAGCUGGCCCCAGGUGGGCCGAGUGGAAUUCCGGAACUACUGCCUGCGCUACCCAGAGGACCUGGACUUCGUUCUCAGGCACAUCAAUGUCACCAUCAAUGGGGGAGAAAAGGUCGGCAUCGUGGGGCGGACGGGAGCUGGGAAGUCGUCCCUGACCCUGGGCUUAUUUCAGAUCAACAAGUCUGCCGAAGGAGAGAUCAUCAUCAAUGGCAUCAACAUCGCCAAGAUCGGCCUGCAUGACCUCUGCUUCAAGAUCACCAUCAUUCCCCAGGACCCUGUUUUGUUUUCGGGUUCCCUCCGCAUGAACCUGGACCCAUUCAGCCAGUACUCGGAUGAAGAAGUCUGGACGUCCCUGGAGCUGGCCCACCUGAAGGACUUCGUGUCAGCCCUGCCUGACAAGCUGGACCACGAGUGUGCGGAAGGCGGGGAGAACCUCAGGUAGGCAGGGGUGAACAGGGAGACACCGGAUAAGGUGUCCUGGGCGCCACCUCGGUAGGGGGGUUUGAAGAUUCUGUCCAGAUCUGUGUCAGACCUGGAUUUGAGUCCCAGAUGACCAUUUGUCCCUUCAUCUCUUGGAGCCUCAGUUUCUGUAUCUGUAAAAUGGGUCUUAAUCCAGGCUCUUUGAACCAUGAGGUAGAAUAACCAGGAUGACCAGUACAUUUCAUUUUAUACACACCAGCAAGACGCCUCCUCUUUUUUCGUACCUCUUCCACUAUCUCCAGUUGAUGAUUCUCUGAGCCUCAAGACACCUCCUGAGUGUCUUCUGGUACCUCUUCCACCUUCUCCAGUGGAUGAUUUUGUGACACCAGAGACACCUCCCGUCAAGCGUCGCUGGGGACCUGUAUCAUUUCCUUGAGCUGAUGAUUUUAGGAGAUGCAAGACACCUCCCAACUCUUUUUUCGUACCUCUUCCACCUUCUCCAGUUGAUGAUU